AGGCCACUAACAAAUAAGACUUGACUGACAGAACUGUUGUCAUGGUCCACAGUACGUGAUUAUCUGUGUAUGUCUCACAAGGCCAUCGCCUCAUCGCCAGUGGGCUGGAUUUUGUACCAAUUUGUGAGGACGAAGAAGUAGAGCACAAUGUCGGUGUUGAAGGAAUGUAGCAGGCUGGCUAGGAUAACAUCGAGAAGUAGAAGAUUUCCUUCGAUAAUACAACAAACCCGUCCUAUUUCCAUCGUCAGAUCGCAUCGCCUUAUUUGCAGAAAAAUAGCAAACCCUGAAAAACUCCUCGCUGUCAAAUAUGCCCAAUGGAACCCGAAUAUCGUCAAAUCUCCUUUUCCAGACACGCCUUUGCCGAAGACGACGUUUACCGACCAUCUUUGGUCGUGGAUCGACAGAUGGCACAAUCAUACAGCAUUGGUUUGCGGUGUAACAAGGCGAGAAGUGACGUACAAAGAGUUGAGAAACGAAUGCAGAAAGUUUGGAGUAGCCCUUUUAAAAGAUCUUGGAGUUAAACCCGGCCAAGUCAUAGCAACGAUUCUGCCUAAUAUCAUUCAACAUCCUCCCGUAAUGUUCGGUGCCAUCGAAGCUGGUGUUAUCGUCACUCCUGUAAAUCCAGCUUACAAGGCAGACGAGAUCGCUUAUCAAUUAAAAGACUCGGGGGCAGUCCUCGCGGUAACUUAUCCAGACAAACUCGAAACUUUGAAAGAAAUCAAAGAGAAGUUCGACUUCCCGGAUUUACAAAUCGUCCUGACUCCGGGGAUGGAAGAUCCGUACCCUGAAGGUGUUAAAAGCUACGAUGAACUUGUCUCCAACGCGGAUCCGGAUCUGCUGUACGACCUCAAGCCGAAAAAGUUCUCAGGCGAGGACACAAUUGUGAUUCCAUAUUCUAGCGGAACGACGGGUCAACCUAAAGGUGUCUGUUUGUCCAAUAACAACAUAAUUGCAAACCUGGUCGCCAUGCACGCAGUGAAAGAUAUCGAAGUCUCUUCAGGCAAUUUCCAAGAGGUUUUGCCAGUGAUACUGCCUAUAUUUCACAUUUACGGAUUCGUGAUCGUCCUUUGUCAAGCGUUGUCCUUAGGCGCUAAACUAAUCAUGAUGCCAAAAUUUGAAGAAACGAAGUUCUUAAACGCGCUUAAAGACUACGGGGCGACGGUACUCUACGUGGCCCCUCCUUUACUCCUUUAUAUAGGAAACAGCACCAACACGACAACAGAUCAUCUUAAAUCCGUUAGAUUAAUCAUAAAUGGGGCCGCUCCUGUCGGAGAAUCGGACAUCCAGAAGUGUUUGCAAAAGUUUUCUGAAGAUGUCUUUUAUAAACAAGGAUACGGGCUGACCGAGACUGCCCCUGUUGUCUGUAAUAUGAUCAAGGGAAAAAAGCUGUACGCCUCGGUUGGACCGCCGGUUGCAAACACGUCUGUCAAAAUCAUGGACAUUCAGACAAAACAAGCCCUGGGAAACAACGAAGAAGGAGAAAUCUGCGUAAAAGGACCCCAGGUGAUGAAAGGAUACCUCAACAGGCAGAAAGAAACUGAUGAAGUUUUAGACAAAGAUGGUUGGCUUCACACAGGUGAUGUUGGAUAUUACGACGAAGAAGGAUUCGUCUACAUAACAGACAGACUCAAAGAGUUGAUCAAAGUCAAAGGAUUUCAAGUCCCUCCUGCAGAACUGGAAUCCGUUUUGAGGAGCCAUCCCGACGUCGAGGACGCCGGGGUGAUCGGCGUUCCCCACGACAAAUACGGUGAAACCCCAGUCGGCUUCGUCCAGCUAAAAGCCGGCGGGAAAGCGGACUCAAACGUUUUGAAAAGAUUCCUCAAACAAAAACUGGCGAGUUUCAAACAAAUUCACAACUUCGUCUUCGUCGACGCUAUACCGAAAAGCGCAUCCGGUAAAAUUUUAAGAAGAGAGCUGAGGUCUCAUUACCAAAAGAACUAGACCGAUGAGAAAUUUAUCUCUUGUUUUGACUCAUUUUUUACCGAAUUUUAUACUAUAAAAUAAUCUAAGUUACAAUUAAAUUUAAAAUCAGAAGUAGUUAGUUUAAAAAAUUUUAAAUAUUUUUUCUUAUAUUUUGUAUUAUAUACCUAAUAAGAACAUAGUCAUGUUAUUUGAGACUGCUAUUGUAUUGCUACAAAUAAAUAGAUACACAGGUU